AAUAAUCAAAAAAAAACACACGUCAUUGCUGAAUUUAUUGCUGGUUCAGCUGGUGGUUUAGCUGGUAUUUCUGUUGGUUAUCCUUUAGAUACUAUUAAAACUAGAAUGCAAGUGUUUCAAAAUGAUCAUCAUUCAUUUAAUGAAACAUUUAAAACUAAAUGGGAUUAUUUUAAAGGAUUAUAUAGAGGAUUAUCAAGUCCACUUGUAGGAGAAUUAGCUUCUAAUUUUGUAUUAUUUGGAUCAUUUGGAAUGUGUAAAGAUUGGAUGUCUAAAUAUAGUAUUGAAAAUAGUAAAGAAAAUUAUAAAGAAUGGAAAGAAAAUUUAUCAAUAUUUGCAAGUGGAGCAUUUUCAGGAUUGGCAAUUAGUUUAGUUGUUGGUCCAACUGAAAUGAUUAAAAUUCAAAUGCAAACUUCAAAUGGACAAGAAACAAAUCAAUCAAAACAAUCAAUUACAAAUUGUAUUAAACAUUUAUGGAAAACUAGAGGUUUCUUUCAUGGUUAUAUUGCUUGUUUAAAUCAUCAAUUGACUUUUUAUUCUUCCUAUUUUUUAAUUUAUGAAUUAUCUAAAAGAAAAUUUGAACAAUUUUAUUUAAAUAAUUUUAAUAAUUCUAAUAAUAAUUCAAAUGGUAAUUCAAAUGAUGGUAAAAAAUUUGAACAUAAUGCAUUUACAUUAUUAAUGUCAGGUGGUAUGGCAGGUACAUUAGCAUGGGCAUUAGUAUAUCCAACAGAUUCAAUUCAAUCAAUUGUUAGAUAUGAUAGAGAAAUGAAUAUUAGAAAGGCUUUAAAACAAUAUACUAUUAGAGAUUUAUAUAGAGGUUUUACUACAACUGUUAUUAGAGCAUUCCCUGUUAAUAGUGUUACUUUUUAUGCAUAUGAAUUGGCUUUUCAUUUAAUG